AAUGUACUACUCUACAGAAUGUGAUAAAGGGUCUAACACAAGCUGUUGAAAACCAGUGUCAUGUGAAAGAUGAAAAUGAUAGACUGAAGGGUACUGUUCACAUCUUGGAAGAGAAAUUAAAGGCUUGUGAGCAGGAAUAUAAAGAUCAGAUUGAGAAACUUAUGGUAGAAAUUAAAAACAAAGAGGAAGACCACAAAUUAGAAAUAAUACAGCUGAAUUGCGAUAUAAGAAAAAAAUUUGAAAUAAAAGAAGUGGAGUAUAGAGAACAGAGAGAGAAAAAAGAACUGGAAAUAUUAGAGCUAACUAGACAGCUGAAAAUUCAAAAUGAAGAAAAACAGAAUGAAAUAAUUAAACUACAGAUAGAGUUCAAUGCUAAAUUAGCUAGAGUUCAGAAUAAAACAACAAAAUCAUUUUCAGAUGCUUCUGUCUUGCCACAAAGUAUCUAUCGAAGGAAGCUGCAGCAUCUCCAGGAGGAGAAAAACAAGGAAAUUGAAAUUCUCCAAAACACCAUAAGAGACUUAGAGCAACGUCUUAAUAAAGGCCAAAACCUGCACUUCAAACGGAAGCGAUUUUGA